AUAGCAAAUAUAGCAGAGCUCUGCUUAAUGCCCUUUGAUGAUUCUUUUUUUUUUUUUUUUUUGUUGUUGUUGUUGUUGUUUCUUUCUCUUUCUCUCUGUCUGUCUGUCUGUCUGUUAUCGAUUGAGCUGGAAAAAGAAAAUAUACGAAGAACACAAUAUUAAUAAUAAUAAUAAUAGAUGCUUGCAUGUUCAUGUGUCUUUUCUUUUUCUUUUCUUUUCCUUUUUUUGCCUUUUGAAACGCCAAAAUAUCCUGCAAUGCGUUAUGUAUCGGUUGCAUGGUAUUGUACCGGUGUGUAUGAUAUCGUAUUUUUAUGAAUUUCUCCGCUUCUCGUCCGUACUGUUUUCUGUUUCCACCCGUAUCAGCCUCAUCUCUCUAUUCUCAAUUUCUCAUUCUCCCUCGCCUCGCCAAUAAUACUUUGGCCUCGCUUGAAAAUGCAUCGCGGGGAAGGCCAUGCGGCGUCUUUGGCUUCACCAGAACCAAAAAAAACCUCGCCUCCCCAGUCCCAAUCAAACCUGCAGCGAGCUCGCAUGGUCUCGCGUGUGGGCAAACUACCUCGUGGGCGCCACGUUUCGAACCGGUUCAAGCCAGGCCAGACCCAGCCCGAAUUACUUCAAGCCACAGCCCAAUCACCGCUCGCCCCUCAGUGCCACCAGGCUCCAAGUGCUGAAACCGGCCAACCAUUAGCCCAACCAGCCCCCGCUCGCAGCCCUGGCUGGACACGCCGAACACUCAGGAAACGCCAAACCAAAAGGGGCGAGAGAAGAAGUCAAGGAGUGAUCAAGUUUGGGUCUGCAAACUCUGGGCGGUUGAAGCCAGAAUAUACGGAGUACAGGUUGGAAGUUAUUUCGUUACUUCGAGAAUAGCUGUCCAGUUCAGACUUGAAUUCUCAUCUCAUCCCCCGCCCAAAAUUCAUGAUGCCUUGAAAGUUGAGGGCUCCCAGACAGGUCAACAUCUCAGCGGGUUGAACUAAAUUUGCCAACGAUCGCUCAACCCGUCAAGCGGACGCCGCUCCUGUGCCGACAACCAACAAUCCCAUCCAAAAAGAAUGCCCGAUGGGCAAUCCUGAACAGGGCCGGGAAGCCCAUUCUGUGGCAACUAAUAAUAAUAAUAGCUCUGGGAAACAGUACUCCGUAUUAGAAAAUCAAUCUCAUGCCAGCAACAAAACACCUUUUUUAUUUUUCUGUUUAUUAUUUCUUCCUCUCCUCUGAAACAUCAGGCUGGCUGGGUACGCAGCGUACCGAGGCGUGGAGAAUAAGUCCUUGCAUACACGCUAGAAAUUUAUAUUGAAACAGCAGUACCGGAGUCAAAUUGCUCCGCCCGAACCUUCAAUGUUUAGGGGCUCAAGCCUCUAUUACGCAUAGUAGAUAGAGACUCAAUACGGAGCAGUGUCCGACCAGCUAGAUGACGGGCACAACAGGCAUCAGCAGAGCCUGGAAUCGCCUCUAAACAGUUCUGAAGGGGAUGAUAAAAUCUUUUACCAGGUAAAUUACUAGUGUUUGCAAAGGACAUAUUUUCCACGCGCCUCCGUAUGAAUAAACGCCUCGAUUUAGCCACGGCUGAUUAGGCUUGUCGCCGCGCUUCUGAGGAAAUGCGCUAAAACCUCACUAAUCCAACAGAGACGAAAAGUUAGCGAGACUUGUCCUUCUAAUAAUAAGUUACCUCUUGCAAAAUUCUUUGCUACGUCGUCUGCGCGAUCGUCAAGUCCGUCCUUGAUCAUUCUGGGUUCGCCCUGCUCAGAGCUCCCUGAUGAUGGCGCCCCAAAGACUGUCGUCAUUUCUUAGGAAAGCUUCGUGGUGGGUGAUUAAUAAGAUAUUAUUAAUCAUCUGAAUCCAAAGGAUCAUUCAUCACUUUGGUAGGUUUUCCCCGAACUGCUUCAAUCUUGCUUCAAUCAACCCAGUACUCCGUAGUAUAUUUGCUGGUGGGUUUGGUGGAGAUGAAAGUUUUCUCAUUAUCUAAUAAUGCACAAUUAAACCUCCAAUUAUACAUUUAAUAUUAUCUCUUAUGGCGCCCCCAUUAUUAUUGGAAUCCAAUCACCCAACCUUGAGAAACAACUCGAUUUCCUCAACCCCUCUCAGCUGCCACAAAAUGAUAACAUAACUACGCUGCGUACGGCGUAAAGGGGCCGGAAAAUAUCGCAAUACGUCACAUUAAACAAAUCUAUGUCAGAUUAAUAAUAAUAUUAUUAUUGCUGUUGUCUCCCUUGUCAUGAUCGGCAGGGCUAAACUUCUCCCAGCGAUACGAUACGAUACAACCCCUACAACAACAAAUGAAGUAUAGUAGACUCACUAGAGCCUGGCAGACACGGUGAUACGGAAUAUCUUCUAGAGGUGGAAUUGAAGAUUUACAUUUUCCAGUCAGGCAAAGCUGGGUCUUGGAAUUCUUGUUGUUGGGAGAUGGAUGGGAUUUUGGAACUUCUAUGAAUCGAUAUAAAGUUCAAUACGGAGUACGGCCGCCUUCGCAAAAGUUCGAUAUCCUCAGACCCAGACACCCUCCACAUUUAUCACAUCAAAUCAGGCCAACGAGAACUGAAUUUCCCAGGUUACCUAUUAUUCACAACUGCCAUCUGGUUCGGCACUGAACUGGAACCCAGAUGAGUGAGCGUAGUCUCAUCUCGGGGUCUAAACCCAGUCAAAACCGCCUUGACGCGCCAAUGGCCAAUGGCCUUUGCAUCCGCUCAACCUUUAUACCGUGACGAUGAUGAACCAACCAUGCAGGAUGGAUCCCAGAAAAUCCUUGUGGCUAGAGAUAAUUCGUUGAGAAUUGCAGGAUUAUCCUGAAAAGGUUGCGCUGCUUUCUACCGGACAACAGCAGCACCCAACCCAGGUCAAAGUGCACGAAUGUCACCCCUGAGUGAUUACAGUGGAACUCAUUCCUGGCUUGUUCAACGUUGUACGGCAUUUUAUUCCGUUUGUAGAAAUUCCCUUGAACGCAAGGCGCCUCAACAAACAAGCCAUAUUUCAGGAACAAAAACUAUCAACUGAUACGCAACAAAUACUUGAGAAUCGGAGUCAACUGAAUUCAACCACAAAUACCUAAGCUGGUUAUUUACGUGACACCGUCAUGAACGGGACGAAAAUAAAAUACCAACGAGCGAAGUUCUAUGCAUCAAACAGGUGCCACCACAGCUGGCCACACACCUCCCGUUCGUUCCCAAAACUCUGCCGUGCCAUGCAUGCAUCCUCAACCAUGGAAGGGGAUCUGCGAAUCCCCAAAAGCAAAAAGAAAAUAAUGAGCGUGACACGUGUGUGAAGUGGAAAACUGCAUGUGCUUAUUUUCCAGUCGACUUUUCAACAAAAAUUGCCUCUUGGCAGCUUGGCUCACCAGUGCCUCGUUCUGAUUUAAAUAAAGGAAUGACAGAAAUUGAUGCUCCCAGCCACCACCACGUGGGAAGCUUCUUCUUGGAUGGGUUCUUUCUGUCGCUUUCCGUUUCACCAGGGAUUUUCCAUUUUUGCGCUGUUUUUGGUCUGCCCCUUGUUGUUGGGUCAGCCCUCCCUUUCGCCGUGCUAUGAUUGGCUUAACUGCCCAAAAUACUCACCUCAAACCCCGUUUAUCAAUUCGCUCAGCUGCACUUUUUAGAGCAUGGCAGCUCGAAGCACCUCGUUGGACUUGCAGAGGAUGAUCCCCACUCAAUUCGCUGUCGAGAGUUUCGAUAUAAAUCUUGAGCCACGCGGUUCUUCCUCGGAGAACCCAUGCAAAAUAAAUAUCGGCAAUUCACUCCCAGGGUUUAAACAUGUCACGGCUCGUUUAGACAACAUGGAAUCUGGCAACCCGAAAGGGAUCGGAGAAAUUUUGCUGAUUGUUUCUGGAUGCCAUCCCCUCCCUAGGAAGUCCGAAUCAUUCCUUCGCUCUUUCAUCAAGUCAGGCAUCCAGUGCUAGCCACCGGAUAUGGAGGCUCAAAACACACAUACCCAUCCUCAGGGGCCUAGCUCAUUGGAUCCAUGCACCCUCUCGACACCUUCAGCCCCCCCAGACGCCAAUUCCCGAACCUCUGCGGCCCAAAAAAUUCUUCCAUUGCCGAUCUUGCUAGCCACUUCACCGCAUCUUGGAGGAACUGCAUUCAUGCAUUAUUGGCAAUAAUAGCGACAGGCCGAUCGAAUAACUGGAAACAGGGCCUGCGUCCUGCGACAUACGACAGACGACAGACGACAGACGCAUGGCCUUUCUUCUUGUCACCACUUUUUCACGCGUGGCUUUGAAGUUAAACUACUUACAGCCAUAAAAAAAAAGAAAAAGAAAGAAAAAAGAAAAAAGAAACGAUUAAUACGGCAUGUAUGCACGCCACAGACUCCAUUGCCUCCUUGUCAUACCUCUGCCCAUGCUG